AUGGGAAAGAACUGUCUCGUGACUACUCUUCUCUGGCUUCUCCUUCUCGUCCUCUUUCAAACACCUAAAUAUAUUAACGCCAGUUUCAUCUGCUACGGCGACUUUUUCGAUGUUAACUACGGCCUCAGCCGUGACCGUCUCUUCUCUUCUCUUCCUUCAAACGUCAUUACUAACGGUGGUUUCUACAACGCCUCGUUUGGUAGAGAUUCCAAGAACAGUAGAGUCUACGUUGUUGCGUUAUGCAGACGAGGCUACGAGGAUCAAGCUUGCAAGACAUGUCUGGAACAUGUCAUCGACGAUACGAAACCAAACUGUCGUCGAAAAGAGUCUUACUCAUGGGUCACUCAUCAACCCGACGACGUUUCUUGCUCUAUACGUUACACAAACCGCUCAACGUUUGGCAAACUCGAACUCACACCAGUUGUUAUCAACGCUAAUCCAGACAAUUUAGAUCCAUCCAUAUCCAAGAACAUGACCAUGUUCAACAAAGAAUGGAUUGCCAUGGCUAACCGGACGCUCGAGGCUGCUUCCACAGCUGACACUUCCUCAGUUCUCAAGUACUAUAACGCCACAAGAACAGAGUUCACACAAAUCCCAGAUGUUUACGCGUUGAUGCAAUGCACGCCUGACCUAUCACAAGGCGACUGUACCAGAUGCCUAAGGGAUUGUGUGAAUGAGUUUCUUCAGAGCCAGUACUGGGGAAGAAAAGGUGCUGGGAUAAGUCGCCCUAGCUGUUAUUUCAGGUGGGAUCUUUAUUCUUUCUAUAAAGCUUUUGAAAAUGUUGAAAGAGUUCAUGCUCUUCCUCCUCCUCCUCCUCCUCCUCAAGUGUCUUCGAAUAAACUCAAUUGCGAGAGAGACAAGACAAGUUUUCAAGGAAGCAACAUUGCAAUUAUUGUGGUCCCAGUAGUCAUCAACCUCUUCAUAUUUGUGGUGCUAGUGGUUUCUUGGAAGAAAAGGUCUUCACACACCAGAUUCAAAGACGCUUUUGAUUCGACUGAUGGUCAAUCUAUGCUACGUUUUGAUCUUCAAAUGAUUAUAAGUGCAACGAAUAACUUCUCUCAUAUGCUUGGACAAGGUGGAUUUGGAUCUGUCUACAAGGGAGUAUUAGAGAACGGGCAAGAGAUAGCGGUAAAGAGAUUAACAAAAGAUUCAGGGCAAGGAGACAAGGAGUUCAAGAAUGAGGUCUUACUCUUGACAAGACUCCAACAUAGGAAUCUUGUUAAGCUUCUUGGGUUUUGUAAUGAAAAAGAUGAAGAGAUUCUCGUCUACGAGUUUGUUCCUAAUUCAAGCCUCGACCACUUCAUAUUUGAUGAAGACAAACGCCGGAUUCUGACAUGGGAUGUGAGGUACACAAUCAUAGAAGGAGUUGCAAAGGGGCUUCAAUAUCUCCAUGAAGAUUCUCAGUUGAGGAUUAUUCACAGAGAUUUGAAGGCAAGCAAUAUCCUUUUAGACGCUGAGAUGAACCCUAAGGUUGCAGACUUUGGGAUGGCGAGGCUGUUCAAUAAGGACGAGACACGAGGACUGACAAGCAGAGUAGUUGGAACAUUUGGUUAUAUGGCUCCAGAAUACGAGAGAUAUGGACAAUUCUCAGCUAAGUCUGAUGUUUAUAGCUUUGGUGUCAUGCUUCUAGAGAUGAUAUGUGGUAAAAGCAACAAAAACUCGGAAAAAGAAGAAGAUGAAGACGAAGAAGACUUUCCAGCUUUUGUAUGGAAGAGGUGGAAUGAAGGAAGAUACGAAGAGAUCAUUGAUCCUUUGGCUGCUCCGAGUAACAACAUCUCAAUAAACGAAGUAGUGAAGCUCAUCCACAUAGGUUUGUUGUGUGUUCAAGAGGAUGUGUCCAAAAGACCUAGCAUUAGUUCAAUCAUCUUUUGGCUUGGAAGACACGCUAACACCACCAUGCCUGUGCCCACACCUGUUGUUUUUCAUACACGGCCAUCAUUAUCACUAUCACCAUCACCGUCACAGUCACCAUCACCAACACCAUCCUCAUCUCUGUGAUGCUAAUGAACAUUCAAGCAUGUAUGUAUAAUGUAUUAUGCAUCGUUGUCCUGUACAAUAAAUGGCAGAUGUUGAGCAAAA